GUCAGUCAGAGUCGGAGGCAGGGUCAAAUAGGGAGAAAUGGCGACGGAGCCUGGCUGUGGGUGAGUGCUUCCUGAAGGGGUGGAAGUGUGAGACAGCGGAUCACCGCAGUCAGCCGUCACACAUCUCCCAAAGGGGUAGGAGGGAGAUUUUCUUCUCAUCCGGCUCCAGCUGGACUCUGGGAACGUCAGACAUCCACAUCUGCCACCCAGGUUAGAGGCCCAUCUUUGGAAAAAGAUCUGGGAAUGAUUGUCUAGCCUCCAGCCUCAACUUACUUGAUGCUUGAGAGACUCAAAGCCUCGUGGUCAGCUGCCCUGCAAAGAAAGUAUUUUGACCUUGGCAUUUGGACAGCUCCCAUCUCUCCCAUGGCCCUGACAAUGCUGAAUGGGCUCCUGAUUAAGGACUCAAGCCCACCUAUGCUGCUGCACCAGGUUAACAAGACUGCCCAGUUAGAUACCUUCAACUACCAGAGCUCCUUUAUGCAGAGUGUCUUUGACCAUUUCCCUGAGAUCUUAUUUAUCCACCGGACCUAUAACCCAAGGGGUAAGGUCUUAUAUACCUUCCUGGUGGAUGGACCUCGAGUACAGCUGGAGGGUCAUCUUGCCCGAGCAGUCUACUUUGCCAUCCCUGCCAAGGAGGACACUGAAGGCCUGGCCCAGAUGUUCCAGGUAUUCAAGAAGUUUAACCCAGCAUGGGAGAAAGUCUGUACCAUUCUGGUGGAUCCUCAUUUCCUUCCACUGCCCACCCUAGCCAUGGAGUUCCCGACAGCUGAGGUCCUGCUCUCAGCCUUCCACAUUUGUAAGUUCCUCCAGGCCAAGUUCUAUCAGCUGUCCCUUGAACGGCCCGUGGAAAGGCUGCUUCUGACCUCCCUGCAGAGCACAAUGUGCUCAGCCACAGCAGGCAACCUGAGAAAGUUGUAUACACUCCUGAGCAACUGUAUCCCUCCAGCCAAGCUGCCUGAGCUUCACUCACACUGGCUGCUCAACGACCGCAUCUGGCUGGCUCACCGCUGGAGAAGCCGAGCUGAGAGCAGCCGCUACUUCCAGAGCCUCGAGGUCACCACCCGCAUCCUCAGCCAGUUCUUUGGUACCACGCCAUCUGAGAAACAAGGUAUGGCUUCUCUGUUCCGUUACAUGCAGCAGAACUCUGCAGACAAGGCAAACUUCAACCAGGGCCUGUGUGCCCAGAACAAUCAUGCUCCCUCAGACACCAUCCCCGAAAGCCCCAAAGUGGAGCAGCUGGUAGAAUCCCACAUCCAGCACUCCCUCAAUGCCAUUUGCACAGGGCCAGCAGCCCAACUCUGCCUAGGCGAGCUUGCUGUGGUCCAGAAAUCCACACACCUCAUUGGCUCUGGCUCAGAAAAGAUGAACAUACAGAUCCUGGAAGAUACCCAUAAGGUGCAGCCCCAGCCCCCUGCCAGCUGCAGCUGCUACUUUAACCAGGCCUUCCACCUGCCCUGCCGCCACAUCCUAGCCAUGCUCAGUGCCCGCCGCCAGGUGCUCCAGCCCGACAUGCUGCCGGCUCAGUGGACGGCAGGCUGCGCUACCAGUCUAGACAGCAUCCUGGGCAGCAAGUGGAGUGAGACCCUGGAUAAGCACCUGGCAGUGACUCACCUCACCGAGGAGGUGGGUCAGCUGUUACAGCACUGCACCAAGGAGGAGUUUGAGCGGAGGUACAGCACCCUGAGGGAACUGGCCGACAGCUGGAUUGGGCCUUAUGAGCAGGUCCAACUCUGAUUAUUCUCGAUGACCAGAGAUGCUCAUGCACCUGUGCACACUCACAUCCACCCAUACACACACACACUCACACACACACACACACUCCCUUACACUGUUGUACUUCCGUGGGCCCUCCUUCCAGAACAAGGACAAGGUUCAAGGGUCUUCUCAUCUACCAUGGCCUGCUACCUAGUAUGUGUCUAGCUCAAUGAGACAGGAGUCAGCAAAUCUUAAUCUGUUUAGUUUACUCAGGUGGCCACAUACAGUCUCUGUUGUAUAUUCUUGGUUUUGUUUUAACAUUUUCUUUUUUUUUUUCUUUUUUUUUUUUUUUGAGAAGGAGUCUGGCUGUGUCGCCCAGGCUGGAGUUCUGUGGCGCGAUCUCUGCUCACUGCAAGCUCCGCCUCCUGGGUUCACGCCAUUCUCCUGCCUCAGCCUCCCGAGUAGCUGGGACUACAGGCGCCCGCCACAACGCCCGGCUAAUUUUUUGUAUUUUUAGUAGAGACGGGGUUUCACCGUGUUAGCUAGGUUGGUCUCGAUCUCCUGACCUCGUGAUCCACCCGCCUCGGCCUCCCAAAGUGCUGGGAUUACAGGUGUGAGCCACCGCACCUGGCCUGUUUUAACAUUUUCAUAAGGUAGAAACCAUUCUUAGCUCAAAGGUCAUACAAAAACAGGCAGUCCAGCUGGCCAUGGUGGCUCACGCCUAUAAUCCCAGCAUUUUGGGAGGCUGAGAUGGACAGAUCACUUGAGGUCAGUAGUUCAAGACCAGCCUGGCCAACAUAGUGAAACCCCGUCUCUACUAAAAAUACACAAAUUGGCCAGGCGUGGUGGCGGGCACCCUGUAAUCCCAGCUACUCGGGAGGCUGAGGCAGGAGAAUCGCUUGAACCUGUGAGGCAGAAGUUGCAGUAGGCCAAGAUCCUGCUGCCACUGCACUCCAGCCUGGGAGGGCGAGACUCCAUCUAAGAAAAAAAAUAAAAUAACGGCAACCCCUGGUCUAAGAUAAGAGAUAAAACAUCAGGUGGUGAGAUUGAGGUUUGGGGCUUGGUAGCAGUUGCCCCAAUCAUGAGAUGACUCACUUAACCCAUCUCCUUUAAGUGAGCUGGGCUGGGAGGCUUCCUACAGGGGAAGAGGCCCCUCUGGGGAGCUGACUCAGCCAGGCUCCCUGAACUUUUUUCCUUGUCCCAUGCUGGGGUCAAUAAAACUGAAUGUUGCAUAUUCUA